GUGAGAUAUGGGUUACUGUAAAGACAGACAGAAGACAACACUGCAACAACUGCAAUGUGGAAAUCAGGAUCAGUUAGAUCUGUUCUGUUGCUGACUCUUCUUUUUGGGAGUGGCAACUUCUUAACAAUGGAGAAAGGUUUUGAUGUCAGCGAUACGAAUGCCACUUCGUGGUGCCGUAUGCCUAAAGCGUGUGGUGUGCAUGGCUUCACUGAUUGGUUCAAAGUGGGCCGCUACUGUGUCAAAUACUUCAGCUGGCCUCAGAACUUCACUCAAGCCGAGUUUAAGUGUAGGUCAAAAGCCCCUGGUGCUCAUCUGGUGUCAGUGCAUAGUUACAAGGAGAAUAAUUACUUGCUCUGCAUUGUGAAAAAAUUUAACCCAAGAAACCUGCGCUUCUGGCUCGGAGGCUUUGAAUUCUUUAAGUCUGGUAAAUUUUUUUGGAUUGAUGGAUCCUUCUGGGAUUAUCAAAUUUGGACACGUGGUGAGCCCAACCACAGGUACACUGGCACGGAGGAAUGUGUGGAGAUGAACUGGAAAGAGGUUGGCAGGUGGAAUGACGACUCUUGUAGUGUCAAGAAAAACUACAUCUGUGCCUUCAAACGACAUUACAUGUUGGAAAAAGACCUGGAGUAGAUGGAGCAGUUUUAUCUGAGUAUCUUCCCAUGAAACUUAAAAUGAUUUUCUCUGCAUUAACAAAAAAAAAAAAAAAAAAAAAAAUAAUAAUAAUAAUAAAAAACUUCCUUAAAAUAAUAAAGAACUUUUGCAGUUAAAA